GAUCCUGACGAGGACAAUGAGAACGAGCCAGAGACUACGACUACUGAAAACCCCGUAGUGAGGAAUAAUACUUCCAUACGCAAGCAGAUUGAGGUAAUAAGCAGCGACAUUGCCAAAGAAACGAAUGAAUUCAUGCGCAGAUCUGAGGAUGAUGCGAAACCCAUGUUUUUGACGUACUAUAAUCAAGAGUGCAACGGUGUGAUGGUGGCGAUGUUGGAUAACACGACCAUACUUCGUGCAACAGAAGAAUGUUUAAAGCUGGGCUGUAAGGCCGUGAAUGCCGAAGUGCAUCCAAAUGGCCGCUAUACGGUAAGCAUGUUCUAG